UUGAUUGUAUACACCUGUGUCCAUGGAGGGGAUUGGAACACCUGAAUCACAUGAUUGGGAGAGGAUUGGAACACCUGAAUCACAUGAUUGGGAGGGGAUUGGAACACCUGAAUCACAUGAUUUGGAGGGGAUUGGAACACCUGAAUUCAAUGAUUUGGAGGGGAUUGGAACACCUGAAUCACAUGAUUGGGAGGGGAUUGGAACACCUGAAUCACAUGAUUGGGAGGGGAUUGGAACACCUGAAUCACAUGAUAUGGAGGGGAUUGGAACACCUGAAUCACAUGAUUGGAGGGGAUUGGAACACCUGAAUCACAUGAUUUGGAGGGGAUUGGAACACCUGAAUUCAAUGAUUUGGAGGGUGGGCCCAGUACUUUUGGCAAUAUAGUGUAU